CUUUCUUCGAAAAACAGCCCAUGACUUGAGAGGAGAGCAGUCAAGUUAUUUUGUUUUGUUAUUUUUUCCUUCUAGAUAGCUAGGUAGAGUCACUCCUAUUGCUGCUGCUGCAAACAACGAUCUCUGCUACUCUUUUACUGUACAGUAGCUACUCUGUACUCCGUAGAGUGCUGUGUAGGUAGUUAAAUACAUAAAAAUUAAUCAUUUAGUUCGUUAUUAAAUAUGCAACAACCCAUGGCAAGCCGCAGACAUAAACUCUCUCUCGAACCUCCAGAACCGCCCAACCCGCUGCCAACCAAAGUCAACCUGCCGCCAACACUGCAGCAGACAUCAAACUUUGAACGGCUUUUCUUUAACCCUCUCUAAAUAUCACCAGCCAUCGCAGCAGUUGAGCCUGCAAUCCUCGCUUCCUCCUCUUCCUCAGACAUCCCUUCCCAACGCCACUCGAAAACCAGCCAAAAAAACAGCAUCAGAACCUCUAUUUGAUCCUACUUUGAAGCCCGUGACGCCUGAUCAACCUUACCCUGCGGCGAUUUCCUCCCUUGCCCUAACCACAGCGUGCGAGAAAAACCGCAACACAUGUCGUCUUGACACAUCUGAUCGAUAGCGCGGGCGGUCCACAUCCACCACGCCUAGCCUGAGGCUUUAUAGCAACCCCCCGAAGCUGUCUGUCCAUGGCUCCGUUGUCGGACAUCAUGGGGUCGUCGGAGCGGCGUACAGUUGAGGAUGAUGGCGAGCCCAGUCCUCUCUCGUCUCCUCCGGGACAACAGACUCCUUCGUCGUUAAUGCCACCGCCAGGGCCUGCAAACCGGUCAAGGGAAAGUCUUUCCUUGCGAACUACAGAUGAUACGGGCUUUUCGCAAAAGAGGCAGUCAUUAGAUGCUAGCUCCUUGGAAUAUGACUACAUCUCAAGGUCGCCUCUGCUCGAACAUGAACACGGGCUCGGUCCAUCGGGCUUGCAACGCAUCAGACAAGCUCCUACUCUCCCGAACACAUCGAAUUCCACCUUCACCUCCCCCAUCGCUUCGAUCGCUUCGCAAAGUGUGGCGUCGUCUCGGUCACCAUCAAUGCAUUUCUCAACAGAUCGGUCUACGCCUGGCCUAGAGGAUUUGCAUCGCUUCCCUUCCGAGUCCCUCCAUUCGUUCUCCUUCGCCCAACAAUCUGAAGAAUUCCUGCACAAUCGGCAAAAUGUACUGAAAAGGUCGAUUGACUUCAUGAAAGAUCGGUUUGGUUUUGCAGCGAGCAAUGUUCACCUUGCCAAUGCCCAGGCUCGACUCAGCGGGGACGCAGAAAUUCAGAGCAUGAUGGAAUUGGUUUCUAAGGCGAAUCUGCUGGAUCGUGGCGAAAACCAGCCUGUGAAUUCGGGUUUAGCAGGAGGCCCUCUCACCGGUCCGCCAGACAUGGAAGGGGCUAAUAUAUUUGAAAAGGCGUUCGCAACCACCGGGUCCCUAUCGCGAACUACCGGUGAAACUUCAUCUCGGAAUGGCCCUGCGUCACCCCGACAAAUUCUUGAGGAAAGUCAAUAUUUAAGUCCUAUUGCAGAUGACCAUAUAACACCCCAAAAACGGGGAAUGAAGUCUGUUCCUUCAUCAAGGCGUGUCAGUCUAAAGCGAACAUAUACGGACCUGGGGUCAGUUGCACUUCAAAAUAAACUCACGGAGGCCCUAGCCCAGCCCUACUCGGCUGGCGAGACGCUCUCUCAUGGUGGCAUCUUGUAUGGUCUAGGUGGCGGUGGUGCUUCAAGCGUUCACACUCAUAGUAGUAAAUGGUUUCCGGUUUCGCAGGCGGUGUUCACAACAGGAUCAACAGCGCCCUGGACAAUUCUCGCUGCUAAUGAUCUUGCAUGUCUGGGCUUUGGUGUGACAGAAGCUGACAUCAAAAAGCUGAGUAUCCUAAACCUUGUCCAAAAGGAGAGAAGGCAGUGGCUGGAGUCGAAAUUGCGGAAGCCUUCUCUAGAUAAUAUAGGAAAACCCGAUUCGCCGGACAAAUUGAAAAUAAACACCGUCAAUACGGCAUCUCUAGGUAUGGGGAACGGUGUAACUGCGCAAUUACUCAGUAAAUCCCCUUCACACGCGACGAACGCUCGAAGAGCGAAAACCGAGGAUGGCAGUGGUUCUACUCCCUAUGGCCAAAGAUCUGCGAAGAAAAUGAAUCAUUCUUCCAAUAAAUCUCGUGGCGUUUUGCUGUGCGGUGACGUCGUACCGAUCCUGAAGCGAAAUGGAGUAACAGGAUCAGCAAGCGUUUGGGUUAUCGAAAAGCGAGGGGGGUUAAUCUGGGUACUGGAAGAAAUUGUAGAAAACACGGUUCAUUUACGCUUUGACGAUGGCGGACGACUACUCGAAAGUCAGGGUGAUAUCGAGCCAAUUUGGGGUGCAAAUAUGCUCAAAUCAGGGAUCCACAUCACGGAUAUUAUUCCAAACGUCCCACGACCCCAGCAGGAGAAUUUUGGAGAAGAUGUGUUUAGAAGGAUUGUCGAGCUGAAAUACUUUACCGCUUUGACACGGAAUCAAGCCUCCAUCCCGAUUACUAUUACCGAAUUAUCGAGUCCUCAUCAUCUCCGUAUCUCCCAUUUCCCACACGUUGCCGGAAUUGUGGUUUUAUCGGCAACAACUCUGGACGUUAUCAGCGCCAAUUCUGUUUUUUCCGCCGCCCUUUUUGGUCAGGAGCAUCUCAAAGAUCUCAAGGUUACGGACUUGAUCCCAUACUUUGAUGAAUACCUCAACAUUUUGACGGAAGAAGAUGAUGUGUCCUUAGUUGAUGGAAUGGUGAUACCCGAACAUAGCUUCCGGAGAGCAAGAGCGUUGUUGGUCAUUCGGGACGGGAAAACGAAAGCUGCGUCCUUAUUUUCAAGACCUUCUGGUCUUCCAUCUCGUCACCGCGACGGAGCGGAGAUUAUGGUGGAUGUUCAAUUGCGCGUUGUUAAAAGUGAAACCAUAUUCCCCGCAAACUCAACAUCCGAUAUCAGCGAGCACUCAACGGUAGAUGAUGAAAAUGGAGCGCCUGUUGCCGUUACUGAAGUUGUAUAUGCACUGUGGAUAACCUAUUCACGACAACUUCACUCCUCAAUGCAGGAGAAAAACCAACAACUUCAACCACUCUCAGCGAGAUCCCCGUCUCUCCCACCACAGCUUUCCCCUGGCCAGCGGUCACCGACGCUACCUGCAAUCGAACCCCCCCGCGUCGAUUCGCCAUUUAUUGAGAACCAAGCUCAGCUAUCGCUAUUAUCAAGGCAGCUAAACGAAGCUGCAUCGGAACCUCUGACGGACAAACCCGUACAACCAGUGCCUGAAGUACGAAGCGCAGCAACAAAGAAAGAGAUGCCAAAAAAGAAAUCGAUAUCAGAAUAUGUCAUCCUGGAGGAAAUGGGCCAAGGCGCGUACGGGCAAGUGAAACUGGCCCGCUGCAAGAGAAACCCGGCAAGUAAGGUAGUACUAAAGUAUGUAACAAAGAAGCGGAUUCUGGUCGAUACCUGGACGCGAGAUCGACGCCUCGGAACCGUACCUUUGGAAAUUCAUGUACUGGAUUACUUGCGCCGCGACGGCCUACGACACCCUAACAUCGUUGAAAUGAAGGGCUUCUUUGAGGACGAUACCAACUACUACAUCGAGAUGGUCCCCCAUGGGCUUCCUGGCAUGGAUCUGUUUGACUACAUUGAGCUGCGAUCGAAAAUGGACGAGGAUGAAUGCAGGAAUAUCUUCUACCAGGUCGUCGAUGCAAUUCAUCACCUCCAUACCAAAGCACAUGUUGUUCAUCGUGAUAUCAAGGACGAGAAUGUCAUUCUUGAUGGGGAGGGGAGGAUAAAACUGAUCGACUUUGGGAGCGCAGCUUAUAUCAGCAAAGGUCCUUUUGACGUCUUUGUUGGUACAAUAGACUAUGCUGCCCCCGAAGUCCUCCAAGGUAAAUCCUACGGCGGCAAGGAACAAGAUGUCUGGGCCCUGGGUAUCCUCCUCUACACCAUCGUCUAUAAAGAGAACCCCUUCUACAAUAUCGACGAGAUCCUUGAUCACCCGCUGCGCGUCCCCUAUCUACCCUUCUCGGAAGAAUGUAUCGAUUUGAUUCGCCAAAUGCUUGAUCGGGACGUUGAUCAGCGUCUCACUAUCGAAGGAGUCAUGCAGCACCCGUGGAUGAAGCCUGCUUCAUUGGCAACUGCCGUGGCUACAAAGGUUGAGGACGGUCCUACUGUUGUUAAAUAAACAUAGGAAGAUUAAAUGUGUAGACAAAAAAUCAAAAAGAAAAGAGUUUGAAAAUUUUGCUAUGGACCUACAACAUGUGUCCUUGAUAUACGUACCCGUGCCUGGUGACUUCUCUGGAAGAAGCCCAGGGGACGACAACUCAACGACAAGAUAACGAUUGACGACGACGACCACAGCAGCAACGACGGGUGGGAUUGAUUUGAUAGUUUUCGGGGAACUUCUUCGCGUGCACAAAUGGCAAUAGUGGCCAACGAGUGUAUGUUGCGUUAUGCAUAACAUUUUGGCUGUAGGACGAGGUGGGUUCAGGGGACGGGAAAGGGAAGGAGAAUCAAGAAAAAGGGAAAAUGGAGAAAAAUGGAAAAUGGAAAAUGGAAUUGAGGAAGCAAUUUCAAGGCCCCCCAAUAAAAAAUAAAGAAAAAAGAAAAAAGAAAAAAAGAAUAGGAAAGAUUCCUAGCAUGUUUGAAGAAGUCGAUAUCCACAGGGCACACAAACAGCUUUCUCACGCAUCUCAUCGCCAUCGCUCUUUAUUUCAGUAUCCCGUUCGGCGCCAUUGUUCAUUUUCAUCAUCAUCACCAUCAUCUCCCCAAGGGCCAUGGUACUUGUUCCAUCCAGCCUCUGUUUCCUUCAAAAAACACAAUAUCAUUGUAUAUGAUUUUGAUUUUGAUUUUUUUCUUCUUUCUCUUUCUUUUCUUUUCUUUUUUUUUGGGGGGGGGGUUCUUCUCCCUUUUUUCCCCCUUUUAUAUCUUAACGCCUGCAGCCGGUAACUAUAACUGGGAUAGAUAGAUUAGAUAACUGUUAAGCUAUAACUAUUGAGUUAUUUUAUUUUUUAUUUGUUUUGUUUUGUUUUUGUUGUGUCUGUUCCUGUCCUCCACAGCGACCCUUUUCUAUUCGUAAGAAUGGGAAAUUAGCUAUAAAUAUAUAUAUAUAUAUAUGGAUAUGACAUUGUGUGACUUUCCUCUCCACGGACGUACAAACAUACACACAUACACACAUACACACACACACACACAUCUUCGUCUACAUAUAUCUAGACUUACCACCUAUCAAUGCUAUGGUAUAUACGGAG